AUGAGAAAUACAAGAAAGCUAGAAGGAUCUCAUGUGGAUCGUUGGACAUCACAAAAUUUCGAUUACAAUCAAUCAUCUGCAUCAUGUGUAAAUGAAAAGAAAUUGCCAAAAAAAUAUACUCGUGGUUGCUGGUUCGCUGUUGCUUUUGGUCUUAUUGUGUGGACUGGCGUCCUGAUCACAGUGGGUAUUCUAAUCAUUACAUUUGCCAUUCAUCCAGCAACAACAACGAUCACACAAACCACAACGUUAGUCACUAAAACGACGACAACCAGUACUACAACAACAACAGGCACAAGUGGUGGAAACGGUGUCACGACAAUAGCUACUGGAGAUGUCUUUACUGCUGGUUCACCAUCAUUAUUUACAAGUGCCAACAAUGCAAUGCCAAUGGCGCCAUUUUGGCAUACAGCCACGGAUCUGGGUAAUAAUUCUUACCUUGCUUUUAUUGCCGGUGGUAUGGAUGGUCGUGCAAUAUUUUUUUCAGCUGUUGCCCUUUACCAAGCAUCGUCGACGGCAUUUAUCUCACUUGUCGCCGGUGUCAAUAUGCCAACAACACGUGCUUAUCACACAGCCACUUAUUUGCCAGCGCCUUACAAUCAAGUACUACUUACAGGUGGAAAUUUAGAUAGUACUACCUGGCUCAAUGCGUUGACUCUAUUUGAUGUUGCAAGCCUACAGUUUAUUCCUCUCACGUCAACUAUGUCGAGUCAACGUUCACGGCAUACCGCUACGUUAUUAUCUAAUGGGAAAAUUUUACUAGUAGGUGGUUACAAUGGUAUCAUGGGAUUGAAUACUUGUGAACUAAUCGAUCCAUCUAAUAACUUCUUGUCAACGCCAGCAACCAAUCUUAAUAUAGCUAGAUACCACCAUACAGCUACAUUACUUUCAAAUAGUGAAAUCAGCACUGUACUCGUGUGUGGUGGCUAUAAUAAUCUUCUUGGCCCAGUCAAUAGUUGCGAACUUUACUUUGUCUGA